CCAUCUGACGAUCUUUGCUGUAACUUGAAAGCCAUGUCGUUUAAUUUCAGUCAGGGUCGAGUGACGUUAUCACGUGUUGUGCAAGUUUAUCAAAUUUAAGUGAUGUGAAAUGUGUAUCUUUAUUUGUGUAUUUUGCAGCAAACAAUUUGAAACAACAACUAUUAUUUGGAAGGAUGAUUUCGAAGAAUUCGGUUUUUAUUUGUACAUCAACGGGCAAGUGAUGUCACUGGGCGCUCCAAGAGGCGGAUGCUCUGAAGAUGUUCCGACACGUGCCUCUCUCUGGCGGAUUAUGGUGGAAGUUAGAGGUUAUACCUGGCUGGACCAUCUUGAUGGCAACUGGUAGAGGGGUGGAGAGAGAUUACUUUGCUAUGAAGCAGAGGAAUCCACACAACAGCAUCGCACCAGCGGCCAGGUGGAAGGGGCCUCUUCAAGCCAGUGGGCGACUUUGUAGCAUCCAAAGACGAACAUCAUGUGUCAAUUGUUUGUGAUAUGCAGGGAGAAACUUGUUGCAUACAGCGUGUUGUAGUAUUAGUAAAUUUUCGCACACAUGCCAGUGUAAACGGUUAUAUCAGUGCAUUUUUAUGUAAGAGAACAUUGACUUUAAUGUAACAAGAUUCAGCAGAAAUGUCUCAAGUUUAAUUAAAGUAUAUAAGAGUGUUAACAAGCAUAAAAUAUUCUUUUUCAUUAGAAGAAAUAAUCUAGUCUGUGAAAUGGUGCUGAAGAUAAGUGAAUGAGAUAUCUCAGCUUUAAAGUUUGUCAUUUGAAAGUUCUUUUUAUGUUUCUUAGAAAGUUACUGAAAGUAACAAGAAAGUAUGAUGUAACAGAGCUGAAUAAUUUGCAUCUAAAAUUAUCAGUGUGAAGUAAGACAGGGAAAGGUUUAAGAAGACAGACUUAUUGAUGAAGUACUUGAUAUAUCACAGCAAUAAAUAACUUCAAGAAGAUUCUACGAGUGUGUGAAAGCUGUAUUUUAUUAAGUGGUCCUAAAUAUCGUUUAGUGUAUCUUGCACGUGAAAGAAUCAUUAAUAAACUUUAGCUACACGCAUUAAGCAUCAUUUCGCGUAGUCCUGAAUUGUAGAAAUUCGAAUUGAAGUGAAGGGAGAACCGACUCCACGUAUCAACAUGUGAGUGGCAGGGAUGCUGAAGGAGUCGGUUCAGGACUCAGAUGGAUGCCGACGCUCGUUCGGCGGCUACUGGUGCAGGAACGACGGCUGGAAGGUGGUGGGGGCCCGCCACGGGGAACACAUCGGCGUCCACUGACGUGAUGAACCAGCUGUGUAGGGUGUGCGGGGAGCCAGCGGCUGGGUUCCAUUUUGGGGCCUUCACUUGCGAGGGAUGCAAGUCUUUCUUCGGAAGAACGUAUAACAACACGAGCUCCAUCUCGGAGUGCAAGAACAACGGUGAGUGUAUCAUCAACAAGAAGAAUCGGACGUCGUGCAAAGCGUGUCGCCUAAGAAAGUGUCUGAUGGUCGGAAUGUCUAAGAGUGGUUCCAGGUACGGACGGCGUUCCAACUGGUUCAAGAUACACUGCCUUCUGCAGGAACAGCAGCAGCAGCAGCAACAACAACAACAGCACACUGGUAGCAACCCGGUGCUUCGGGAGCCUCUAAGCAGCAAGAAUAGCAAAAUGUUGCCUCUAUGGGAAGGACUAUCCCCGCACUUCCACGAGGUCAAACAGCCCUUUCACCUGCCAAGUGUUGUUGAUGUUGACAACAACAACACCGGUGCUCCGAAGAACUUUCUGGACAGCAAGUCUCGAACUCUGCCGUCGGCACAGGUGAUGCCUGUAAGAACACUCCCGGGAACAGCGCACCCUGGGUAUGGGAGUACCGGAGAGGCUGCAGCGGCGCUGUGGGCAGCCAGGAACACCCUUUUGCCCCUUCAGGUGACGUCCCACCAUCACGCCUCGUCUCUUCCGUCUCUUCCUGUCCCCUUUAUCACGUCACCCUUCCUGCACAGCGCGGGGUUCCAUCAUCCUCACCAUGGCGGCCCACCUGCAGCCAGAAACUUCUUGUUACCUUUCGUGCAUUCUAUGGGAACGUCGCCGAAGCAUCACGGCGCCGAGCGUCUUGCUUCUCCCGUCACGUCUUCGUCUUCAGGAUCGUCGACUUCGUCAUCCUCGCAGUCACCAUCCCCGGUGCGCGAUCUCAAGCAUCGGCAGGAAGCAGUGGAAGUCUCGAAACAUGAACUCAGAUUUAAGCCUACGGACGAUUCACGAUCUGCGAACUACGACAAGUCAGUGGCAAUGCUGCAGUCUCUUGGGCCGGUCCAGGAUCAACCCAUCGACCUCUCUCUGAGGAGCGGACUCAAUAGCAAAACAGUAAAACACAGGAGAAGAGAAGGUUGUAAGGGGCACAGUUCGUCCGAAGACAAGCUGGAGGACCAGGAUGAAGUUGGUAGUGACAGUGACGAUGAUGUGAAGUCAUGUGGUGAUGACAGGGGUGUUGAAGGGGAGAACGAACCUUUGGAGGAGAGGGGUGGAAAUGGGGAGAGCAGUAAACCCGUUUCAACCCCUCUUGAUCUCACAACGAGAACGUGACAGGCCAGUAAGUUGAAUAAAUACAUGCAUGACGUGUAGAAAACUGUUCAGUCAGAAAAAAAAAUGAUUUGCGCAACGCAAGUGAGCAUUUGCCUGCCUUGCAGAUAAAAUGCAUUCAUCGACAAACGUUCGUUUGUCGAAUUCACUGACUUCCCGGUCAUGUUUCUUGCCUGGUUUAGUCUCUCUCGAAAAUUCUGGAUGUGUUAUGCCAGUUCGAUAAUCCCAGCCCUUAUGAUCGUGAUCGUAUUCCGACGAACCUUGAAGUGUUUCAUUAUAAAUACCAGGAAUGUUUGCAACGUUUUGCGGAAAUACUUUAAAACUCGCAGGUUAUGAGAAUGAGAGAUGGGUGGAACUGGCUCAAGUUCGUCUGUAAUGGUUGGUUUAGUUAUUUGGAAUACUUUUAUUGCAUCUCUUGAUAUAAUUACCAAUAUUAGGAAUACCAAAACAGUGAGAAAGAAGUUGAAAUUAAUAGAUGGCCCUAGAUAGAGAACGAAACAGAAGAAUCUGUAAAUCAGUUGCUAUUUUGUUGCUCUAUUAUAUAAACCAAAUUCGUAUUUAGGUUCUAAUAUAAAUUUAGCGAAUGAAUUUUUAUAAAACGACAGAAAACAUCGUCGGCUAAUUUCUUUUUCAAACAUAACCGUUUCCUAUAUUGCCUAUAAGGUUAGGGAAUAAACCAGAACACGCUCUAUUUACAACAUUUUUGGACGGAAGUGAAACAUACGUCAGACAGUGCUACCAAUAUAACAGCAUAUUCAAUAACAAAAAUACUCCCAACAAGACCAGUAUUAGAUUGUCGUAGAAACAGACGAUAAAAACAUCAAAGCUAGGAAUAACACUGCACGAAUUAACGAAUAAAUAAGAUCAAGGAUAUAAAUCCAGAAUUAUAAGAAUUGUAAUUACAAAAAGUUAAUAAUAGUAAGAUGUAGUUGUACUUAAAUUUUCAAUAAGUGCGUUUCAUAAUUUUUGUUCUUCGCGAAUUUUCACAUUAAUCUAUUACAGAUACAAAUCCAUUGUUGCAAACUACAACAAUGCUUAGAUUAAUAAAGUUACGUUUCUUAAAUAUAGGUCUGACAUAUUUUUCCAAUAAAGCUAUAAAUCUUAAUUAAAAACAAUAGCCGCCAGAAUAUCCAGUAUCGAUGAGUAUCGAUUAAUCGGUUGUGUUAAUACUGACAAUUUGGUUGAUUGAAAGCGUUUACAAAAAUAUUAAUGUUAUUUGAUUUACAGUUACAGUUUCCUGUAACCCCUCCCCUCUUACUAAAGGCAUUUAUGGUUUUAGAGUAUACGUUCGCCUUUUGACGUCGUGUGGUGACUAUAUGUAUUACCUGCUUUAAUAAUAAAUAACUCUACAUUUUUCCACAGACUUUAGUUAUGGGUUUCGAAUUUUUCUCAGAAUAAACAUCGAUUAUUUCCUUAAAAGGCGUUAAAUAGUUGAUCUACGUAACGGUGAAGUGUGGUGUUUUCUUUGCGGUACGGACUGAAUCUUUACAUGAUAUUAGAGAAAGAAUUAAACGAAGUUAGUUUAUCUAAAUAUGGUUAAAACUCUGAUUUCCUUUGGAAUAGUUUUUGAUCAUUUAUUUGUCCGGAAUUUGGUCAUCUGCAGUAGUAUUAUAAUUUUUAUAUUUAUUCAGCAAUCAUAUUUUAAUAUUUUAAUACCUUUUUUUCACAGAACAGACAAUUUCCUUUGAAUGUCUCCUUAUACUGUGCAGCGUGGAAAUGGCUGUGUUUAAGAAAUAAUAAAACAUUAAAUUAGAAAUCGCUACAAGUAACUGCAGUGUUAAGGAUUCGGUGCAUCGGUUCACGGUUUUGUACCGAGUCGUCAACGUGACGUAACUUUACCGCCGGUCCUUGCUUUAACUGUGGAAAAUAUUGAUACAUAAUCUCGAGCCGAAGAAUUUUGAUGGUGUGGAAGUGAAGUAACGUUGCAAGAUUAAGAUUUUUAAAAAAACGUUUCGUUUCAAUUAUUUCUGUCGAUAUUCUGGAAAUCUCUUUUAAAAUAAUUUUUGGGAUUCACCGAUGUUAGCUGCUUUCUGCCUGCACCUGCUGUUUUAUUUAUCUAUUUUCCUUGUAAUAACAUCUGUUGUGCAUAAUUCUUCUUGCAUCUUCAUUUAGUUUCUGUUCGAGUGUAAUUAUUGCUGAGUAGUAAAUGCCACUAUGCAUUUCCAUUCGACAGUGAAGCGUACAUAUGGACCUCCCAUUGAGGUUCUCCGCUGUGGCCUCAUAUAGUAUAUCUGCCUCUUCAUAUCACAUCUCUACCUGACGAAAGUAGGCUGUGAAUGUAGUCAAACAUUCUUUGAGACUUCAUCUGCCUGUGUUACUAAAAGUUCAAGUGUUAGCGAUAAUUAUACACUCCCCCAGUUUUCUGACGAUGCACAAAAUAGGGGACACGUUCUUGACAUACAAAAUAACCUGUCACUAAAUCAUUCUUAGGGAAUAAAUAUGAAUGAAAUAUUCACAUAAAACUUGAAGAUGAAGAUUCGAACAAUGAAUAGAUUUCUCUUAGAGGUUCUUUGAUCUAUGAUGCUUAGUCUAUAUAUGGUUUUAGUAAGGCUGCUGUAGUAGGCGUUCUUUACAAAUAGGAUAAUAUAAAACUGGCUUAAUUGUGAAACUACUUCCGUUCGACAGUCAUGGUUGUAACAGGAUCGGUGAAAAGUAUACAAUUUGACGUACGGUUGUGUUUAUAAUUAGAUAUUAGAAUAAAAAUUAAAGUGUUACUUUCCAAUAAUUUUUUAACGUUGGGAACUUCUUAGAUAAAAUGUUUUGUUUGUGUCAUUAACCACACACAACAUUUAAAACUGUAGGACACACAAGUUAUAGAACAGAAUUUCAACAUACUUAUCGUCAGAGUUAAUAUAAGCAUAUACUUUUCUAUAAUCCAACCCAUUCCAUGCUAUUCACGAACUAUUUUGUUCAGGUUUCAAGAUUUUUGUUUGUAUUUAGUUCAGUAGAAAAACAUCUCCCACCGUCUCUUAAAAAAAUAAAACUUUUCGUAACUUUUCAGUAUCGACUAAUACACAC